AUGACGCUCGCUCAAGUUCGCCAGGAGUUUUGGCCGCUAAGUGGCAAACAACUGGCAACCUACACGUAUCGGAACUGUGUGCGAUGUUUCCGAAGCAACCCUGUCCCUGUCAAGCAACCCCCUGGUCAACUCCCAAAGCCUCGUACAACUCCCUCUCGUCCGUUCACCGUCACCGGUGUAGAUUAUUGUGGCCCGGUCUACCUGAAGCCCGCACACCGUCGAGCAGCUGCGCUGAAGGCGUACAUCGCCGUGUUCGUGUGCUUCAGCACAAAAGCGGUCCACCUUGAGCUUGUAGGGGAUCUGACGACCGCGGCGUUUCUUGCGGCCCUGCGACGUUUCGUUGCGCGCCGAGGCCUGCCCUCGGAAGUCCACUCGGACAACGGCCUGAACUUUCAGGGAGCUAGCAACCAUCUGCGAGAGCUCUACGAUCUGUUGCAAGACCCUACGGUGAUCGAAGAGGUCACCAACGAAGCUUCUCGUCGAGGCAUCGACUGGAAGUUUAUCCCACCGAGAGCGCCGAAUUUCGGUGGCUUGUGGGAGGCGGCGGUAAAGUCCGCCAAGACGUCGCUCAUCCGCGUGCUCGGCCAGCGACAACUCUCGUUCGAGGACAUGAUUACUGUCCUCGCGCAAAUCGAAGCAGCGAUGAAUUCCCGUCCGCUUACUCCACUAUCCGAGGAUCCGGACGAGCUGGACGUGCUCACACCAGGGCACUUUCUGACCGGAACAUCGCUGCUGGCGAUCCCAGAUCCGGACUAUUCGGACAUCCCCACGAACCGGCUGCAGCAUUACCAGCAGCUGCAACAACUGGUGCAGCAGCACUGGAAGCGGUGGAGGCGAGAGUACAUCUCGCAACUCCACAACCAGAACCAGAAGUUCCCGCAAGCAACCCAGCUGAAGGCUGGCCAGAUGGUGGUCCUCAAGGAGGACAACAAGGCGGCAAUCGAGUGGCCUCUUGCCCGCAUCAUCGAGGUCUACCCCGGUCCUGAUGGCGUCGUCCGGGUCGUGAAGCUGCGCCUGCCGAACGGUGCUGUCUACAAGCGACAAGCAUCCCGAGUUUGCUUGCUGCCUUUCGAGAGGGACUCGAUCGGGCAGACUCCGAACGCCUUCAACCCUCAACCGUCACAAGGCGCACCGUAA